GUGACCCUUACAAACCCAACAACAACAACAACAUGAAGUGUUCAUCUGUCUGUAAGGUUUCUGAGUGUGGCGAAACGUGCCAGUCAGUGAACACCGAAACACUGACUUACAGGAAGAACCACAGCUUCAGUUGUAGCUUAUCUGAGUGAGUUGAGCUCAUGACACAGAACUACAUGAGGGACCCUGGCCUCAGUGAUGUAGUUCUACCUGUCGGCAUCUAAAAGGGUUAAACCCCAUUAACAGUUACCCAGCAUCCUCACUGAGUACCAGCACCUCAACCAUGCUCCAGACCCAGCAGCCUCACCAAGUACCAGCACCACCACCACACUCCAGACCCAGCAUCCUCACUGAGUACCAGCACCUCCACCAUGCUUCAGACCCAGCAGCCUUACUGAGUACCAGUGCCUCUACCACACUCCUGACCCAGCAGCCUCACUGAGUACCAGUGCCUCUACCACACUCCUGACCCAGCAGCCUUACUGAGUACCAGUGCCUCUACCACACUCCUGACCCAGCAGCCUCACUGAGUACCAGUGCCUCCACCACACUCCAGACCCAGCAUCCUCAAUGAGUACCAGCACCUCCACCACACUCCUGACCCAGCAGCCUCAUUGAGUACCAGCACCACCACACUGUCAGGUCCUCCACUGAAGUAUCUCAGUCACUUCAUUAACUACUGUAGGUGUAAAUUGUUCCUUGUCAUGUGAUUUCUUUAUAAAAAGAUUUUCUUCCACUUGAUGUUGUUCAGUGGCAUUUCUUGUGCACUCAUCAUAAUCCUUACUUUUGUGCAGUUGAGUAAAAUUGUUUGUUUUAUAAUUUGAAAAUAAGCUGUAGAAACAAGCUUGGUUCAAGUGUAAACAUUACUGUCUUCAGUUUUUAAUAGGAAAUUCCAAAAAUCAUUUUUCUUAUUCAAAGGCAAAACAAAAUUUGCAUUGCUAGUGUGGAAUAAAAACAGAACUUUCAUACCAGAAAGAAACUAUACAAAUAUUAAUUUUUCAAGCCUUUACUCAUAAGUCUGUUUCAGUAAAAUCACUUCUCAGAUAACUCAGUUCUGGUAGUAAAUGUGAGGAAAUAAUUCAUGUUCCAAUACCUUGAAAAAGAAAGCAGUUAUAGUAAAACACAUGAAAGUUUAUAGGAAAGUGUUGAAUGUAUCAAGAGUUUUCAUUUAAGAAGAAGAAUCAGAUUAUAUAGUCAUUCUCAAUGGCUCGUCAACUUUUUGACAUCACUUGUAGUAAAACUUACAGGUGCUCACAGGAGGAACUGCAGUGGUGUUCAGAACCUCUGAAAGACUCUUUAGACAAUUCAUCUCUCAUAAAACACAUGAGAGUUCAUACAGAUGUCACACCAUAUCAUUGUCUUGAAUGUCUUAAAAACUUUAAAUUUAAAGCAUCGCUAGUAAAACAUACGAGAAUUCACAGGGGAGAGAAGCUACAUCAGUGUUCACAAUGUCUAAAAGAAUUUUCAGAGCGAUCAUCACUAGUAAAACAUACAAGAGUUCAUACAAAAGAGAAACCAUAUCAUUGUUCAGAAUGUCUAAAACAGUUUUCCCAGGGAUCAAAUCUAUUAAAGCACAUGAGAGUUCAUACAGGAGAGAAACCCUAUCAUUGUUCACAAUGCUUAAAAGACUUUUCAUUUAAAUCCUCUCUAAUAAAACAUACAAGAAUUCAUACUGGAGAGAAACCAUAUCAGUGUUCAAAAUGUCAAAAAGAAUUUUCAGAGAAGUCAUCACUCGUAAAACAUAAUAGGGUUCACACAGGGGAGAAACCAUUUCAGUGCUCAGAAUGCUUGAAAUACUUCAGAGAACAAUCUUCUUUAGCGAGACACAAGAGAACUCAUACAGGAGAUAAGUUGCAUCGGUGUUCGCGUUGUUUAAAAGAAUUUUCCAACAAAUCACAGCUUGUAUUGCACAAGAGAAUUCAUACAGGAGAGAAACCAUAUCAGUGUUCAGAAUGCCUAAAAGUCUUUUCAUACAAAUCAUUUUUGGUAAAACAUGAGAAGGUUCAUGGAGAUGAGAGAGCACAUAGGUGUUCAGAAUGCAAAAAAGAAUUUUUCAGUAAAUCAGAUCUAGCAAAACACAUGAGAGUUCAUACAGGGGAGAAGCCAUAUAAGUGUUCAAAAUGUCUGAAAGGCUUUUCACAAAAUUCUAAUCUAGUAAAACACAUGAGAACUCAUAUGCAAGAGAAACUAUAUCGCUGUUCAGAAUGUCUGAAAGGCUUUUCAGAGAAGUCAUCUCUAGAAAAACAUAUGAGAGUUCAUAUUGUAAAGAAACCAUAUCAGUGUUUAGAAUGUCUUAAAGACUUUUUGAAAAAAUCAGAGCUAGUAAUUCAUGAGAGAGUUCAUACAGGAGAGAAACCAUAUAAAUGUUCAGAAUGUGUAAAAUGCUUUUUAAAGAAAUCAUAUUUAGUAAAACAUAUGAGAGUGCAUACAGGGGAGAAACCAUAUCAGUGUUCAGAAUGUCUAAAAGUCUUUUCUCAAAAUUCCAAUCUAAUAAAGCAUAUGCGACUUCAUACAGGAGAGAAACGAUAUCAGUGUUCAGAGUGUCAAAAGUAUUUUUUAAAUAAAGCAGAUCUAAUAAAACAUACAAGAGUUCAUACAGGAGAGAAGCCAUAUCGGUGUUCAGAAUGUCUGAAAGAUUUUUCGCACAAUUCGAAUCUAGUGAAGCAUAUGAGAGCUCAUAGAGGAGAAAAACCAUAUCAGUGUUCACUGUGUGGGAAAGACUUCUUAAGGAAAUCACAUCUAAUUAAUCAUAUGGAAGUUCACUUGGACAGAAGCCGUAUAAUUGAUAACAGUGUCUAGAAAAAAUCUAGUAAAGCUUGUAGUUCCUAUGAGAGAUAACCUGUACAUAUUUUCUAUUGAUUGUGGGUAUGGCAAAGCAAUGUUACCAACUCACUACAGCAACUGAUGAAGUUUUCAAAAAUUGAUUAAUUACAGUAGCCAACAAAAUUCAACUUUUUAUCCAGUACAGAAACAAAAUAGGUUGUUUUAAGCUAAUUUUGAUGCACUGAUCAUGAAACAGAGCUUGUUUAGUCUGUCAUAUAAGUUUUUUUUUAAUCUUAUGAUUAUUAGUUUGGCUAUUUAAGGCUGAAGAACCACAUGUUAUAUGUUACCUAACAAUCAUAUGUAUUACAUUAUACAUAGAUAUUAAGUAUAGUUAUGCAGUGAUAAAAGCUAGUUUCUCUAAUGUAAAUUUGUUAUAUACAGUAUAUGCAUAAGAAAGGUAAUACAUUUCCAGUCAUACAAAGGUAUGUACUGUACAUCACUGUUUGGAGGCUUUAUCACUUGUGUUGAGUGAGGUUCUCCUGCACCAGUGUCCAGCAGUAGUCUGCCAUCAAACUUUGUCAGGUUUCCCUGAUAUCUCUCCUCCAUGAUGGCUUUGUCUUGGUCCAAUCUUUCACUAUAGGGUUUUAUUUCACAGAAACUUGACAUUUGAAGCAAAACCAAGUUCACUUUUGAGUCAGCAUCCCAAAAUUAGUUAGGAAACAUAUGUGGAAUCAAGCCAUUGUCAGCCAGUGGUAUUUCAGUCAUUGCUGUAUACCUGGUGUUAAAGGUCCAUAUUUGGCUAAAUAUUUGUAAACCUGUUUGAUUUUUUUUGAGAAAUAGUUUAAAUUUGAUUAAACACUCACAAUGCCUUGUUGGUGAGUCACUCAGGAAUCUGUCAUUGCUGUCAUCAGUGGGUCCUCUGCCACAACUAUUUAUGUAUUCCUAUUCUAGUUUUCAUAGAUGCAUUUGUUUUAAAAUGAGUUAUUAUACACAACAUUCCAAAUAUGAAUUUUAGUCUGGAUGAAUUUUAGCUUGUUAACGCUCUCGCUUCACACUGUGAGGGCCUUGGUUCGAUUCCCAGCCAGAGUAGAAACAUUGGACGUGUUUCUUUCCACCUGUUGUCUAUGUUCCCCAUCAGUAAAAUGGGUACCUGGGUGUUAGUCGACUGGUGUGGGUCGCAUCCUGGGACACUGACCUAAGGAGGCCUGGUCACAGACCGGGCCGCGGGGGCGUUGACCCCCGGAACUCUCUCCAGAUAAACUCUCCAGAUUGAGGUUUCUCUUUCCCACUACAUUGUCAAAUGUUUUAAUGUUAAAAACACAUGACUUAACCUGAGCUUGGUUUCCUUGUCACCUUUCUUCUGACACUAACCUUGCCAUUCUUCUGGUACUCGCCUCACCAUUCUUCUGGCACUCACCUCGCCAUUCUUCUGGCACUCACCUUGCCAUUCUUCUGGAACUUGCCUUGCCAUUCUUCUGGCACUCACCUUGCCAUUCUUCUGGCACUCACCUUGCCAUUCUUCUGGCACUCACCUUGCCAUUCUUCUGGCAUUCACCUUGCCACAUCUUUCUUCAGGCUUUUUCCAUUUUUCUCUCUCAGAUAUAACUUGAUAUUAUUCAAGAUGGACUGAAACAUUCUCUUAAGUUUUCUCUCCAAAUUGUGGAUUUGUUGUGAAUUGUGAUGCUUCUUCCACAGGCUUUAUCCUCCUCUUCCAUGGAUCAAACCUGAAUAACUCACAUUUCCCAGGUGCUGUAUAACUCCUACUGCUUUACUGCUCUCUUCCUCAUGGUUAAAAUGAAAAUUCUUUCGAAGUGGCCAUGCUUAAUGCCUGUUCCUUAAAAACUUAUGAUUCCUCUCUCUUGAUUGACAGCUUAUGGACAAGUAACAUUGCAUUUGAUACCAUUGAGACUUAUUACUAAUAAGGGCUAUUUCAGCAUAUGCACCAUUAUUUGGGAUCAUAAAGACCCCUGACUGGGGUGGGAGCAUGCAACAAACAGUGGAUAUAGGAUCAAGCCUCCACCAUUCCUUGUGCAGAAUAACUCACACAAGUUUAGGGCUUAAUCAAGGGCAAUGCAGGUUGCCUUUAUUUAACUUGUUUAACUACAGAGGUUUUGCAAAUUGUACCAAGUCUUUAAAUUUUGUUAUAUUUUUAGCAUUUGACUUGUAGUUUGCACCAGUAUAUUUCUAUUUUUGGGUGAACAGGACUUUUGAGAGAUUCAUGUCAUUUCUUGACAAAUAACAUGGAGAGACUUGUUUAUUUGAGGCACUUGGCCUGAUAAUAAUAAUAUAUCUUUAGUACUACAAGUACAUGUACAAGAUAUACAGGCCUAGCUGACAUCAAUGACAUACUACUGUACUACAGUAUAUAGAAAGCCACUUGUUAUGCAGAGCAUUUUGGGCAAAUUAAGUCAGUUUUUUCCCAAGAUGCGACCCACACCAGUCGACUAACACUCAGGUACUCAUUUUACUGAUGGGGAACAUAGACAACUGGUGUAAAGAAACACGCUUAGUGUUUCUACCCUCUCUGGGAAUCGAACCCGGACCCUCGUCGUGUGAAGCAAGAGCUUUAGCCACCAGGACACGGAGCCUGAUGUUGAUGAUACUACAGUGUCUACAAACUUGAGUGCUUUUAACAUUAAUAAAUAGCCUGCUAUAGUAAAAUCUACACCACACACCUCCAGGAGAAUUUUUAUAUCACAUUCAUCUGCAUUCUCUGUUCAUUCAUGGUUAUGUGUCAUUUGCCUUGAUGUGCUGGUAAAAAGAUCUUGAUCUAAGUAUGUAAUUAGAGCUACCCUCCAUUCUUUAGAUUUAACCGGGUUACCUCCUAUUUCUUAGCUGCUGUGUGAACCUUACAGGUUUAACUCCUCCUCAUGAAUAUAAUAAAAAUAAUUUCAUUUAUCACUGCCUUAUCUGAAAAAAGAUCAUAACACCAUUAUACUUUUAGUUAGCUACUGACACCAGAAAAAAUAUAUUAAUUUAAUUCUGAAAGUGAGCAAACUUAUAUUCAUACAAUUAGCUGAUAUUCAUAGCAUAUACAUUUGUUGGUAGACUGCUUCUAUUGUUUAAGACAAAACAUGUCAGUUGUUUGUUUUCAGGCUUCUGAUACAUACCAGCUUAGAUAUGAGUAUGUAUUUUCACUGUUGUCUGUAAUACAAUACUGAUGUUACAACUUAACCAUAGAUACCAUAAUUGUGAUAUGAUAAAUAAUUGCCCAAGAUUGUGAUCAACAUUUUGCAGCUCAGCUUUUUUGGCCUUUUUAUUCUCAAAUUCACUCUUUCAACACAUCAUCCAUCUCCCACCAAGUCAGGGUGAUCUAAAAAGUGAAUCACAUUCUUCACCACCAUUCAAUACAGUAGAGCCAGCGCCUUACGGCAUUCCACUAACACGGCAAUUUCAAAUGACCAAACAACUCUCUACAGCAACCCGUCUUUCUAAUACGGCAUGCCCCACCCAGUUUGUUUACAUUCUCCGUGAGCACAUCUGUGAUGUCUGGAAACUUUCCAAAAUUUCAAGUGUUUUAAAGUUAUUUCAUAUUUUAUAUGUACUCUGAUAAUUAUACUUAUGUGUACCUGUACCUAAAUAUACUUACACACUGUGCUGGCAUGCAGGUACACAUUAAAAUCACAGUCUCUCUCUCUAGUCUUAAUGCCAUAGUAAUAAUACUAAUAAGUAAUAAUAAUCACUCUUGGACACAUUAAAUGUCUUAUUUUAUGUUAAUAUAGUAAUUUUCAUUAAUCAAUGAUAUUUUCUUCAAAAUUAUAUAAGAAACAUGUUACAUAACAAAUAAACAUGCUGUUUGUUUAUGAGGUGUGGUAGCUGCGCGGAGGGAAAACAUUACGUUUUCUCUGGUCCAGCAUCAGAGAAAAUGUAUAUAAAUCUGCGUUUGGCAAUGCUUUUGUUUACAAUUCUUGGCAUGAAUUAUUCAUUACUUCUUCGUUUAUGAUGGCAUCUGAAGGUAGUUGUUAGAAAUGAUUAAACUCAGUGAACAUGGUAUGUCAGUGGUAAUAAUAUGGCUCUGGGCCGCAUUAAAUAUAUAGCUGUGUAGCCCAGGCUACCUACAUCUACCGGCUACCUACACCUGACUUCCUACAAAUAAAUACUACUCACCUCUUGCCCUACAUUAAGACUACGAAUAUUUUGAGGUAAAUAAUGAAUGUACUGAGUAUGUAUUUUACUUUUUAUUUUUUUUUAAUGCCUAGUUGUAUUACUAACUUAAUACAGUGGUACCUCGAGAUACAAACAGCUCAAAACUCGAACAAUUAAAUAAGUGUAUUUAUGUAAGUGCUUUUUUAAAGUGUAUUUUUGGGGGUCUGAAAUGGAUUAAUCUAAUUUACAUUAUUCUUUAUAGGAACAAAUUCGUUUGGUAACGGCACUCGAACAGCCUUCUGGAACAAAAUAAAUUCGUAUCCCGAGGUACCACUGCAUAAGUUAGUGUAAACUUGUUGUCUGGCAUUUAUUUGCAUUUAUAAGUGGAAAAAAUGGCGUUCUGCUUUCCGGCAGUAGCCUGGAACCUAACCUGCCAUAUAAGUGGGGCCCUACUGUAUAUGAGUUGCCAAAAGCAUACAGAUAUCACAAUUCAGAUGAACUGCUGAACUGUGACAUCUCCAUCCCUCAUUCACAGUGCAUUUAUUGUACCUCCCACCUCUAGAACUCAAGUCCAGCUAACCAGUUUUCCUUAAUCACUUCACUCCUACAGCAUUUCACAUUACCCCCUAUUUCCAUCCCUUCAUGGGAUGACUUCCUACCUCUUCUUCCUGCCACUGCAGCUUUAUACACAUGUUUGUUCAUCCUGUUCAGCUCCAUCUUCUCUGUAUGCCCAGAUCACCUACCUGGACCUGGAGUUUACCUGGAGAGAGUUCAGGGGGUCAACGCCCCAGUGGCGCGGUCUGUGACCAGGCCUCUUGGUGCAUCAGAGCCUGAUCAACCAGGCUGUUGCUGCUGGUUGCAUGCAAUCCAGCGUACGAGCCACAGCCCGGCUGGUCAGGUACCGACUUUAGGUGCUUGUCCAGUGCCAUCUUGAAGACUGCCAGGGGUCUAUUGGUAAUCCCCCUUAUGUAUGCUGGGAGGCAGUUGAACAGUCUCGGGCCCCUGACACUUAUUGUAUUGUCUCUUAACGUGCUAGUGACACCCCUGCUUUUCAUUGGGGGAUGUUGUAUCGUCUGCCAAGUCUUUUGCUUUCGUUGUGAGUGAUUUUCGUGUGCAAGUUCGGUACUAGUCCCUCUAGGAUUUUCCCACCUGCAUUCCAGGGAAUACAGGUUCAGGAACUUCAAGCGCUCCCAGUAAUUGAGGUGUUUUAUCUCCGUUAUGCGCGCCAUGAAGGUUCUCUGUACAUUUUCUAGGUCAGCAAUUUCACCUGCCUUGAAAGGUGCUCUUAGUGUGCAGCAAUAUUCCAGCCUAGAUAGAACAAGUGACCUGAAGAGUGUCAUCAUGGGCUUGGCAUCCCUAGUUUUGAAGGUUCUCAUUAUCCAUCUUGUCAUUUUUCUAGCAGCUGCAGUUGAUACAAUGUUAGGGUCUUUGAAGGUGAGAUCCUCCGACAUGAUCACUCCCAGGUUUUUAAUGUUGGUUUUUCGCUCUAUUUUGUGGCCGGAAUUUGUUUUGUACUCUGAUGAAGUUUUAAUUUCCUCGUGUUUACUAUAUCGGAGUAAUUGAAAUUUCUCAUCGUUGAACUUCAUAUUGUUUUCUGCAGCCCAUUGAAAGAUUUGGUUGAUGUCCAUCUGGAGCCUUGCAGUGUCUGCAAUGAAAGACACUGUCAUGCAGAUUUGGGUGUCAUCUGCAAAGGAAGACACGGUGCUGUGGCUGACAUCCUUGUCUAUGUCAGAUAUGAGGAUGAGAAACAAGAUGGGAGCGAGUACUGUGCCUUGUGGAACAGAGCUUUUCACCAUACCCACCUCGGACUUUACUCUGUUGACUACUACUCUUUGUGUUCUGUUUGUGAGGAAAUUAUAGAUCCAUCUACCAACUUUUCCUGUUAUUCCUUUAGCACACAUUCUGUGCGCUAUUACACCAUGGUCACACUUGUCGAAGGCUUUUGCAAAGUCUGUAUAUAUUACAUCUGCAUUCUUUUUGUCUUCUAGUGCAUCUAGGACCUUGUCGUAGUGAUCCAAUAGUUGAGACGAACAGGAGCGACCUGCUCUAAACCCAUGUUGCCCUGGGUUGUGUAAUUGAUGGGUUUCUAGAUGGGUGGCAAUCUUGCUUCUUAGGACCCUUUCAAAGAUUUUUAUGAUAUGGGAUGUUAGUGCUAUCGGUCUGUAGUUCUUUGCUAUUGCUUUACUGCCCCCUUUGUGAAGUGGGGCUAUGUCUGUUGUUUUUAGUAACUGUGGGAUGACCCCCGUGUCCAUGCUCCUUCUCCGUAGGAUGGUAAAAGCUCGUGAUAGGGGCUUCUUGCAGUUCUUGAUGAACACAAUCUGCUCCAGAAUCUUUUGAGUUAUCCUUUGUUAGCCCCACACUAAUUUUUGCACUCUGAAUUCUCUGCAUAAUCUUCAUACCAAACAUUGCUCUUAGGUUUUUAUUGGACUAAAACUCUUCAAAGGGAUGGGGGUUGUUUUGAUGCUCAUGAAGGGCUUUUGAGCCAAGGCAUUUAAACUACCCUCCCCUGCCUUGGAACAAACCUGAUUACUUCCCAUUCUCUUGGGAUUGUAUAACCUCUACAGAUUCAUUAGUCCUCCAUGAAUAUUAUGCAUUAUGAAAAUUUUACUAUCUAUAUAUAUUCAUUCAUUAGUUCUCUGUAUCAUAAAUUUGUAAAACACACACAUUAAUUUAUGUGAUUAUUUUUAAUAAUUUCAGUGUACAGUACUGUAUUUCACAGCUUAUAAGACGCAGCUUAUAAGACUUGUUUUAGUUUCAAUGGCUUGGCAUUGGAUAUAACAGAGAGCUACUGCCUGCCCCUGACUUACAGCUCCCAUGACAGACCUUCAGUUUAUAGGAUACAGGGUGAUUUAUGGAGACAUUUUAUGGAAAAAUUGCAUCUAAUAAGCCUCGAAAUAUGGUAAGUAUGCUAAGAUAUACCAGCCUGUACAUGCUCACAGACAAAUAUCAUGGCUUUGAUAUCCUAAAAUGACUCUUAAGUUCAGUUGCACAAGGUUUAAUGGUUUAAACAAAGUUCAUAAUUGUUGUAGAAUUUUGGAAGGGUUUUAGGGAAGACAGUAAAGGAGAUUUUGAAUGAUAGAAGCAGGAUUGUGUCACUGUGUUAGAUCAGUGCGGAAAGAAGUGAUUUUUAUGUGAACUUGCGAGCCAUUGGCAAGGUGGUAUGAAAGGAUUCUGGGAAACUGGAGAUGGGAAAUGCAGUGCUUGUUUUUUGAAGGAGUGUGAUAUUUCAGUUUGUCAUUUUAAUUGUGAUGUGUCACAUGGGUACCACAAAAGAGAAACGACCAGCACCACUCUGCAAAGACUGUUGGAUCACUCUCUCUGUUCAACACAUCUUUUGACGUCUAAAUUACCCCAACACACUCUGACGUUCUUGUUUAAAGUCCCACUUUUGAUGCACUCUUUGACUUUUUAAUGGAAACUAACCAAUUGCACCAACUUUCACGCAUCCCUCCUUGAAGCACUAUAUGAUUAUUAUACGGUAGUCCCUCCGUAUCCACGGGGGAUACCUUCCAAGACCUACCAUGGUUACCUGAAGCAAUGGAUAUUAGCAAACCCUAUAUACAAGUCAUUUUUCGUUUUCAUACAUACCUAUGAUAAAGUUUAAUUGAUAAAUUAAGCAAAACAAGUCUAGAAAUAGCACUUUUUUACUGAUGGAAAACAUUUCGUGGUUUGUCUUAGGUUAUGAAGAACUGCCAGCAUCACUAGUUUUGUGCUUUGGGGCCAUUAUUAUGCAAAAUUAAGGGUUAUUUUUGGGCCACAGUAAACCAUGGAUAACUGAAACUGAAUCUGUGGAUACGAGGGUUCUACUGUAAUAAUAAUAAUAAUGAAUUGUGAUGUCUGCAUACUUUUUGCAAGACAACUAUUGAAUGAAUGAUGGUGAAUAUGCACUGGAAUCCUGGUGUUUGAAUUUAAUUGUUUCCAAUUUUUUCCUGAAUAAAAUUGUUCUAAUUCCAGUUUGUUUGAGGUCUGGUACAUUCAGACACCAAGGUUCCACUGUCCUUCCUUUCUUUAGUGCUGGUGUAUUAAAAAAUUAUGUGAUUUAUGAUGCAAUAGGUUGGCAACAUUCCUUAGGAUUUAGUUGAGCUAAAUAAAGAUUUCUGUUGAGUUUAGCUAGCCGAUAUUUUCUGUUUUAUUUAGUAUUCUACGUAGGUACAUAAACGUAAUCAUCCUAUACUAAACUCCAAACAUGCAAUAAAAUAUGCUAAUUUCU